AUGACGAGUGCGGCCAACAGCGUCCAGCGAGACGUAGAACCCGGUUGCAAGACGGGCCUCUACUAUAUAACCAUUGCCAAUUUGCCCUUUGGCACAUCAUGGCACGAGCUGAAGGACUGGCUACGGUACACCUGCAUCGUCGAGCAUGUUGAGAUCUUCAACAGUAGUACGUCCGGCUGGGUCCGGGUCAAAGGAGAGGACAACUUUCGUCGAGCAUUAGGACGCCUCAAUCAGUGCGAGUUUGGGGGUCGAUGCAUCAUUGCAGACGGACGCAAUGCCACGGAGCGCAUCAAGAUCAAGGAGCUCAUUGGUGACCCGUCGUCAUCAGCGCCGUCGAUCGCCUCACCACAUGUACGCGGCAUGUCGGUCAUGACCUCGCCAUCGUACGGAGUAGCUGUAAAGCCGCCGGCGACUGCGGGCCCUGGUCAUCAUGGCAAGUGGUCUGCUCGAACACCAUCCACCGGUGUUCCAUAUUCGCCCUACUCGUCCGUUGAAUUGCCAGCUCCGUAUCACGCCGAGACCCCUAGGACGCCGUAUUAUUCCUCGUCCAACAGCACCACCGGGUACACCGAUGCUGCAGGUGGUUACCCGUACGAGAUGGAGCCGGCGCUCGGCGGUCGAGUUCGGCAAUCCUCCUACGACUACCGAGCACAGCAGUACGCCAUGUACGAGGGGCCAGGCUACGGCGACGAAGGGUCGUCGGCGGCGACUGGCGAGCACUACAGCUCCUCCGUAUCCUCUGCAGGCCUAUUAGUCACGGAACAGCGCAAAAUCAUCGUCAAACAUCUCAGCUCGAGCUCGUCUGAGGACCAGCUGAGGAAGCUCAUUAAAGCGUCCCUGAAGGUAGUCACGGCGGACAAGCACCAACUCCAACACAUUGAGUUUCCGCGCGACAACGACGGACGUCUGAGGGGCCACAUCUUUGCGACGUUCAAAACGCCCGAGGUGGCCUGCGGCAUCGUUGAAGAGCUGAAUGGCCAGCCCUUCCAAAGAAAAAUCCUUGAAGUGCGGCUGACAAACGAGGGAGUGAUCCGGGGGCUUGAGCAGCAGCAGCAACACCAUCACGAAGACUGGGACAGCAACGGCAGCAGACACAAGGACAAGUCGAAAAAGGACAAGAAGGACGCGGACGGCAAAAGCAAGAGCAGCAAGACGUCAAAAGGACGCGGACACGGUGACCGAUACGGUGACCGAGCCCAGGGCCCGCCCAUCAUCGCGAACGGGUCGAGUCGGGCGUCCAGAUCGCCUGAACGGGCGAGGCGAAGGGCCGUGUGA